AAAUUAAUAAUCAAUUAAAUACACGGUCGAACAUGAACGUGAUGGUGCUUUAUAUUAAAAAUAUGAAGACAAAAAUUUGACUUCAUAUCUAAUGCACGAAAAAGGCUCGAAACAGACUUGUUCAAUCGUAGAACGCAUACUGCCAUCAAUGGUGUCUCGUGUGUCCAUUUAACACCGUUGAAUAAACUCUACAACAUACAAUAUAUUCGAAAUUUGUGAUUGAAAUACUGUGUCAUAUAUAUAAUAUAAACAAUAAUGAAACUGCGAGUAACAAAUUGGAUAUCAGCAAUAGUGUUUGUGCUUAUUUCGAAACUACCGCUGACCAAGGGUAAUGUUCCUUCCAACAGACAUUCUUUACUAUCGACUGUGAUCAACACGGCAAACCAUGUGCGACGAUUUAAUCAUCAAGCAAGUCCACAGUUAAGACUGUCACGACCUACGUUCAAUGCAGUUCAAGCGCAACUGGACCUCCCUGCUAGAACCAACUUGCAAUAUCCACACGACAUCUCAUUGAAUCAACUGAAACAAAGUGCAGGAUCAUCCGCCGGAAAUCCAAAUCAUGCGGUAGUUCCAGCGCGUUUUACAUUGAAGUCAGUAUCUAGCUCUUCAACUACGGGAACCCAUUUUGUGUCACCAAACGUACCGCUAAUGUCACAACGUUCACGUUCAGGGAAUCAAAUAAUGUCUCGUAUCUAUGUACCGAAUCAUCAGACAUCAAGGGCAACAGGUCCACUAGUACAGCAACGGCAAGGCACGGUCAGGUUUGGUUCACUGGGAUCUUCCAGGCCGAUACAGCUGAGACAUGUUCAACGUACACAAAGCACGGGCAAUUUGCUAGACGCCGGAAACAUGUUAUCAGGAUAUUCGAAGGUUUCUGGAACUUCAACUGUAAAGUGUGACUCCUGUAGACAAACCAUUAUCAUUCGAUGUACCCAAAUAAGAUGUAUGAACACAAAAAGGACGAUUCCUGCCGGACCAGGAGGACAAGCUUUUGUUGAGACAAAUAUCAAUAAUGAUAUCAUUCAUACACAACCAGAUUCAGUACGAAUGGGUAUUUCAAACAUAGUUGGCGACCCAAACAUCAUUGCUAACGGCUUAGAAUCCCCCCGUAUCCCAAAAGAGCAACACCAAUUACUUGGUGCAGGAAUAUCAAUGCCAUCAUUCCGGCGAGCUCAAAAUAACAUGGUUAGUAAGUCUUUAUUAGGUAAAGAUCCUUUUGGAGGUCAAAACAAUGUUCCAAUACCUAGGAAUAGUGGAGUUGGAGCUUCAACAAUUGAAGGUAUGACAAGUAAUCUACUAGAAUCAGUUGAAAGUCCAAUAACACGUGUACGUAUCAUAUCUCCAAGCAUUAAUGAGAUCACACCCAACGAAGGUAGGAUAGCUAGAUUGGGAAGUGCAAACGUACAGGACCCCCUGCCAGUGAACAGUAUACAAGCAGAGCCGCCUGCAAUAUCCAGCGAUGCACUCAAUCCUAAUAAAGAUAUAACAGUUGAAUUGAACACGGAAAUGACACAGGACUUUGUACCAGUGGGGAAAAGACACGGACCAUCACGUCUUGCUAUGCCGAAUCAAAAUCAGCCGGAUUCAAUUGCCUUGACAGAAAUGCCGUUAGCCAAUUCCCACGGCAUACACCCCGUGCCUCAGGCGAAUGACGUCUUUCAACAUAGCGCAAGUCUGGAGCCAUUUUCUAAAGACACAGUUUUACCAGAUAAAGUAUCACCUGACCAACUAUUACAAAACCCUAGCCAACCUGACAUAGAACAAAACAUACUCGUGAGCGAGUUGUUAGAAGCAAUACCCAAAGAUGAUACCGUUCUUAACAUACAUUCCAUAGGUGAUCCCAGUGCAUCCUCAAACGCAGAUAUCCAGGUAUCCCCGGGUAUUCCUUUGGGUUUUAUUGAGAUCCGUCCAACAGCAGGUAUCAACAACAGAUCCAGUCAGGAAAGUAGAGCUCCAGGAAUUUAGCAGCCAGUUUCUAAAUGACAUCGUUAGACAGUGAAAUAACAGGAUAGUUUGUCUCAUGUUUGUUGUUAAAGUGACACUCUUAUUCAAAAUCAAUACAUACACAUGUAUAACAAACAUCUAUUUCGACUGAUGAACCUUUAACUACUUACUAAAUAAUGCAUUUAUGGAAAAUAUUAAUUACUGAUAACAAGAUUGUAACGCGUAUUUAAUAGCAGAAAGCGCAAAACUAUUAAAUGAUUGGUGAAUGCUAAAAGAUUUACUGUGGUCUUCUAUAGUCUCAUAAGGUAGAAAUACCGUGCUUUAUGCUCAUUUCUUUCAAAUCAAACUCGGUAUCCUUCAUGAGAACCAUUGUUUUCAACUUCUAUUAAUCCUUUUUGGAAUAUUAAAACAAUACUAUUAAUUGUGGUAAAUCUUAUCUGGGAUUAAGAGUGCAUCUUCAAAUAUUAUAAAGGAUCUAUCUUUCUUAAAGAAGCAACACCUUUUCCUACUUAUCGUCUGUUCACCUUUCCCACUUCAUGUGCAAUUGAUUACUCGCUGAUGUCUUUGAUAUAUUAAUUUGCUUCAUCAUUGUAAAUACUCACGUUUUUAAUUUAUGUUUAUUAAACAAUACAUCGCA